AUGCGACAAUCAAGAUCAAAGCUAGCCCCGUGGCUCAUGCUGGCAUGUGCUGCAACGGGAGCUUGGGCUGGCAAGCGGCCAUUCAAUAUCCACGAUGAUCUUCUGGCCUACCCACAGUUCCAAGUGAAGUUCCCUGAUGAGUACAUCCUCGACUCCCAUGCAGAAGAAUUACUUCGCGCGCAAGACAAUUCAGAUCAGGUCCGGCUAAAUGCCAAUCAGAAAGACACACAAAUAUACACGGGCAAAGCUCAUACAGAUGACGCGACCCAGGACAACAAAGGAACCAAGCAACUGGGAUUUGCAUACGAAGAGAUGAUACUGGAUGACCGGCGACUCAUCUGUCAGAUCCCGCAAGUACAGAAUGAUGAAACCAAUUCCACAACUGGAGGAAAGCCAUCAGAGGCAGAUGAGGCAAAGGAACUAGCACGCGCGACCGACCGAGGCCUGGAGCUUCUACGGGAGUUAGAGGGUAAAUGCAUGUACUACUUCUCUGGGUGGUGGUCAUAUUCUUUUUGUUAUCAAGAGCAGAUUAAGCAGUUUCAUGCCCUGCCUGCUGGUCGAGGAACACCCCACUAUCCACCUGCAGAAGACCCGAACUCCCUCUCUUUUGUUUUGGGGCAGUUUCCAGCCGACAGCAAAGAUGCAGCGAAAGGAGAGUCGGUGAAAACUUCCUCACCCAGGUCUGAAGUGGCAGAACUGCAUACUAAGGGUGGCUCGCGGUAUCUUGUACAACAUUUACAAGGUGGCACCAAGUGUGACCUUACGGGCCGCGAGCGUCGAGUUGAAGUACAGUUUCACUGUCACCCACAGUCAACGGAUCAGAUUGGCUGGAUCAAGGAACUCACGACAUGCUCCUAUUUAAUGGUCAUUUAUACCCCACGACUAUGCGAUGACGUUGCGUUUAUGCCCCCACAGCAAGAUGAAGUCCACAAUAUUGAAUGCCGGGAGAUCCUAAUGCCUGAAGAUGUUGCCGAGUGGGAGGAGAUCAAAGAAUGGUAUCUUGCUCACCGAUUAGUCGAUGAGGCAAGAUCCCAUGAUGAACCCCAGUUUGUUGGUGGAAUCCAAAUUGGUGGUCGUCAGCUUGUGGGAAUGGAAGGCAAACAGAUUGAGAAAGGUCGCGUGGCUUCGGCUGGCGAAGAUUUUGUCGAGGUACUUGCAAAGCGGGAGAAUGGCGAGGUGAAACGAAUGUCGAAGCAAGGCCUGAAAAGUUACAAUCUCGACCCAGAAAGACUCGAGGAGAUGAAGAAACGCCUUGAGGAUCUUGCCGGGGAUGGUGAUUGGAUCCUCGAGGUCGUGGGACGGGAUGGUGAAUUCACUAUCAAAGGCAUUAUCGAUUCUGAUGAUGCUGAAGAGACUGAUUCAGACUCGCCCCCUGUACCACAACAGGAUCGAAAUGAGAAGGGCAAGCUAAACUUCAACAGCAAGGAUGCUACAUAUCAAGAUGGCGCGACUGAGCAAAAAGCAUCUACACAUGACAAGAGGCCCAAAACUCCCACCAACCCUGACUCACAGUCUGAUGAUUCAGAGGGUAGUGAAGAAACCUUCAAGGAUGAACUAUGA